AGACGACAUCAUUCGUUUGCCCUCGCCUCGAGUCGCCGACCUCCGCCGUUCUUGUGAUGCUUCUUCGCUCCUCAACGCAAUUCCGACAAGAUUUUGGGGGAAUCAAUCAAUAGCCACAAAUGCCUAAGCUUCACAGGAUCAGCUCGGUCGACUGGUCGCCGUCCGCCGUCGUCGCCCUGGCCACUAGCGCCGACGGUUCGCAGGUCGCCGCCGCUCGGGCCGACGGAUCGCUCGAGAUUUGGCUCGUCUCUCCCGGCUCCGUCGGCUGGCACUGUCAGCUUAGAAUACAUGGAGAUCCGAAUUCGAGAGUUUCUUCGUUGGUGUGGUGUCGGUCGGGGCCGAGGGGAAGGCCUUUGGACAAGCUGUUGUCGUCGGACAUCGAUGGAUCGAUUUCAGAGUGGGAUUUGCUCGAUUUGAGGCAAAAGACGGUUUUAGAUUCCAUCGGCUUCUCGAUAUGGCAGAUUGCAGCUGAACCACCACGAGAUGAACAGUUCAAUGUAAACAAGGAAAGCAAGAGUACUGAAAAUGGAUCUGUUAGUCCUUCAAUCAUCAGUGGCAUUAGCGAAGACGAUGCUAGUGAAAGCGAAGAUGAAUACAACAAUGCAGUUGAGGUUCAUGAGCAGAGUGAUGCCAGUAAUACGUGUGUAGCAUUGGCCUGUGAUGAUGGCUGUGUGCGAAUAUACUGUGUUUCUGAUUCCGAAAAACUCACAUAUAAAAGAACACUGCCUAGGGUUAGUGGGCGUACGCUAAGUGUUGCCUGGAGUUCAGAUGGAAAGAGGAUAUUUUCUGGAAGUAGCGACGGGUUUAUAAGAUGUUGGGAUGCUGAAAGAGCUCUCGAGAUUUAUAGAAUAACUGCUGGGCUUGGAGGUUUGGGGAGUGGAGAUGAUCUUUGCAUAUGGUCGCUACUUGCAUUAAGAUGUGGGACGCUUGUAAGCGGGGAUAGUUCUGGUAGUGUGCAGUUUUGGGAUGGUCGACUUGGAACCCUUUUGCAGGCCAAUUCUUACCAUAAGGGAGAUGUAAAUGCCUUAGCAGCAGCCCCUAGCAAUAACAGAGUGUUUUCUGCUGGCUCUGAUGGUCAGGUCAUACUUUAUAAACUUUCUAGCGAGGCAAUUGGCUCUAAUAAUGCUAUGCCUGUUUCGGAAACUAUUAAGAAAUGGAUUUAUGUUGGCUAUGUGAGAGCCCAUUCGCAUGAUGUGAGGGCAUUAACUGUAGCUGUACCUAUCUGCGAUGAAGAUCUAACUCCAGUUGAAAAGGUGAAGAAAUUACGUGGCCGGGUAAAGCCCCUUGAAUUUAGUUACCAUAAGUGGGCUCAUUUGGGGGUGCCCAUGCUGAUAUCAGCAGGUGACGACACUAAACUUUAUGCAUUUUCUGUGAAAGAGUUCUCCAAGUUUUCUCCACACGAUAUAUGUCCUGUACCGCAGAGAAUGCCAAUGCAGCUUGUGUUGAAAACAGUUUUUAACCAGACCCCGUUGCUUUUCAUCCAGUCCACAAACUGUUUAGAAAUCCAUUGUGUGCAUCUAAAAAAUGGUUCUGUAUCUGAUGCAUCUCCUGGUCCGUCUGUUGCGCCUGCAAACACUGAUUUAGUGGCACGGAUUAAAUGUAAAUCUUCUCGGAAGGUCAUAUGUAGUGCGAUUUCUUCAUCUGGAGCAUAUUUUGCUUACUCUGACCAUACAAAAUCCAGUUUAUUUCAAUUGAAGAGAAAUAAAUCGGAUGAUAGGUGGACUGUGAGUCAAAGGAAAAACUCUUGUAAAUUACCUUUUUCCCAUUGCAUGGUAUUCACGUCUGAUUCUUCAAAGUUGCUGUUAGCCGGUCAUGAUAGAAGAAUAUAUCUGGUAGAUGUUGAAAGUGCGAAGAUAGCCCACGAAUUCACCCCGCGUCAUGAAGAUGGUGAGGAUAAUCCACUGCCCAGUGAACCUCCGAUUACAAAAAUGCUCACAAGCACAGAUGGUCAAUGGUUAGCCGCCAUCGGCUGUUUCGGAGAUAUCUAUAUUUUCAAUCUCGAGACACUAAGGCAACACUGGUAUAUAUCAAAAUUAGACGGCGCAUCCGUCUCUGCUGCUGGCUUUACCCCUCAAAAUGGCAACAUUCUCAUUGUUUCGACAUCUUCUAACCGAGUUUAUGCAUUGGAUGUGGAGGCCAAACAGUUAGGGGAGUGGUCUAGGCGUCAUACGUUUUCUCUCCCUAGAAGAUAUCAAGAGUUUCCGGGAGAAGUUAUCGGUCUUUCAUUUCCACCCUCGCCUACCUCGUCAUCCGUCAUUGUUUAUAGUCCCUGGGCAAUGUGCAUGAUCGAUUUUGGACUGCCCGUUAACAAAGACGAGACUGAAUUGACGAGCAGCCAUGGUUUGAUGCGGAAGCUGCGCAACAACGGAUUACUAAAGCGUAAACUCCAAGAACUCGAAACUAAACAGCAAAGUGUUAGAAUGAACUUCGAGCUCUGCGCUUUCAAAGAUCCCGUUCUAUUCGUCCAACAUGUCUCGAAAAAUUCCAUCUUGGUUAUUGACAAACAAUGGAAGCAAGUCGUCCGCACGUUCGACGCCCAGCCUGUUCAUAGACACAUAUACGGGACAUAAAGGGGGCCUCUUACAAUGAAGGUUAGCAAUUUUUUUCCUUCAUUCAAUUUUGUACUUGCUUCUUGUGUGGCUGGUGGGGUGGGGUAGGGUGUCGAGGGGUAGGGUAAAAGGGGAUAUCUUGGCCAUGUUGUGCAUUGUAUUCUUGUUUUGCAACUCUUUUGAGAAGUUAUAGUAACUUAACCUUCUAAUGCACAAUUUUCCAUUUGUUUAC